AUGGCACGAGAGAGACAAGAGACAAGAGGAAGAACGGCGACUCAGCUUUUCCGCGAGGCCAGGGCCCGGAAUCGGAUAAGGGCAAUUGAGGGUGACGCAGCAAGUACGAUUAAGAACCUCUGGAGGGACGGUAAGGUCCAGCCGCUCCCGUCGUUCGAGGAAAAGGCAGGCGGCCACACCCUGCCGCAGGUUACAGUGCAGCACAGUGCGCAUCUGGCCGUACCGCCGCCGUACAUGCAGCGUCGCACCCAAGCACAGCAGUUCCACGUCUCGGCCCAGUCGUACCUCGCCCGGCCCCGAUCAGUGCGCAGGUACUUCGGCGCGCACUUGGCCGCCAUCAUCCGCCAGCGCCAGCUCGGGCCCCGGGCAGGAUGA